AUGUCUUGGGUUGGACCGUAUAUUGUUGAGGAAUUUAUCGAAGGUGAUUUGGUCUCAAAUGCUUUGAAGGAUCCUACGCAGAAAGGACGUCCAGAUUUAAACCCGAGAAUCAGUGAUCGAGCUUUGAAGGUUGCCUAUCGUGCUAUGACUAACAUUGUUCUUGAUAUGUCCAAACCAGAGUUCAACCGCAUUGGUUGUCUAGUGCGAACCGAUGAAGGAGAGUACACAGUUGGCAGGCGACCUCUUUCAAUCCGCUUGAGCGAAUUUUCAAUAUCAGCUAAUCUAGCCCCGGAACAUCUUACCAACUCGACCUUUACCUCCUCUGUUGAAUAUUUUGAUUUAUUGGCCCAGCAACAUCUCGACCAGCUUAGAUAUCAACAAAAUGAUGUCAUUGAAGAUGAACUAGAUUGCAAAAAGAAAUAUGUAUCUCGCUGUCUAUUUCGUAGAGUUAUUCGUCAAGUCUGUGCAGAAUAUUCCAACGAGCCAUUUAGACUUCUCUGCGACGAUUUUAGACCUUCAAAUGCCCUUGCCAACAUGGAGCGAUUCCAGAUUUCAGCAGUUGUUGAUUUAGAAUUUUCAUAUGCAGCUCCAUCAGAGUUUACAUACGCUGCACCAUGGUGGCUCUUAUUGCAGGGUCCCGAGGACUGGGAGGAAGACCUAAAUGAAUUUCUCACUCGCUAUAAACCGCGUCUUGAACUAUUUCUCUCCGCGUUGAGAGAAUGCGAGGAAGAACAGAUGAAAAAUGGAAAACUUCUUGAAUCUCAAAGAUUAUCUACUCGUAUGGAACAAUCCAUGCAUAAUGGUCUUUUUUGGGUGUGCAUUGCAGCAAGACAUAGUCAGAUGUUUGAUGAGAUAUAUUGGACAUUUCUUGACGAAAAGUACUUUGGGCCAUUAUUUUCGCUUGAUGAUCGGGUGGAACUUCUGAAUGAAGAGGAAAAGAAUGAGCUUAGUACGAUUUUUGAUCUCAAGCAGGAGCAGGCUAGGGAUAAAACUUUUAAUGUGCAUUAUCCUGCGAGGGAACUCAUGAAGCUCUAG